CGGGGGGGGGGCCGGGCCAUGGCCCCUCACCAGCCCAGCGCCGGGCAGUACCUGCGCUCCGAUAGCGGCGGGUCGGAGGCUCCGAUGCUGGCGGAAGGUCCCGGUGCCGGUGUCGGUGCCAGGGGGGCGCGGGGGGGGCGGCGGUGCGGGCCGCUGUGGAGCAGCGUGGCCGUCAUGGCCAUCCUGGCCCUACAGAUCGCCUCCACCACCGGACUCUUCGUUUACUUCACCAUGGCCAUCUCCAAGCUCAAAGCCCAAGCACCAGCGAGCCCGGAGGAGCUGCGGUGUCUGCAGGUGAUCAACCAGCAGCAGGAGGGCUCCAGCCUGGAGGAGCUCAUCACCAACCAGUCCUGCCUCAAGCUGGCCAACACCAUCAAAGCCUACGUGGCCACGGUGACGGAGAAGGUGAUCGGCAGGAGCGUGGUGCAGGAAGCCCGGCGCAGCUCCUUCAACGCCUCGGAGGGGCAGGCGCGGCCCAGAGCAGCCGGGAAGCCCUCGGCACACCUCACCCUGCGUCCCCAGAGCCUGGCCCAGGAUGGAAACUCCAGGCGCUUUGGGAACCUCUCUCAGUCCUGUCGCCACGCCCUGACCCGCUGGGAAGCCAGCACCAUCCACUCCCACCUGCAGAACAUCACCUACCAGGAGGGGCGGCUGCGGGUCAAUCACGCAGGGAAAUAUUAUGUCUAUUCCCAGAUCUAUUUCCGCUACCCCAGCGCUGCCGCCCGCCCCUCUGUCCCCCAGCUCGUGCAGUGCAUCAACUGGAAGACGUCCUACAGCCAGCCCAUCCUGCUCCUCAAAGGGGUGGGCACCAAGUGCUGGGCCCCCGAGGCGGACUACGGGCUGCACGCCCUGUACCAGGGGGGGCUGUUUGAGCUGAAGGUGGGGGACGAGCUCUUUGUCUCCGUCUCCUCCUUGGCCAUCGACUACAACGACGCGGCCGCCAGCUACUUCGGGGCCUUCCGGCUGGACCUGUGACUGCCACCUCCCGACCCACCUGCUCUGCUCCCACCCAGACCAUCUCCUGGAGCAGCAGCUAUUCUGACCGGACAGCGGCCAAAUACCAGGGGGGAACCUGGCACGGGGAGCUGGCAUGAGGUUCUUCCCUCCCCUCACGGCAAGGGACGAGCCAGAGGAGGCACUGGGGGUGGCUGCCCACGGGGAUGCCACAUGGGGCCACACCAUCCAGCCAAGGGGAAGCCCAAAAGCCAGGAAAGGACUCCAAGGACUUACAGGACACAUGCACGGAGUGGGAUAUCAUCACCUACCUGGUGGGACGCCCAUCUGAGCCAACAGAGCCCCCCGUGGCUCCGUGCUGCAGGAGAGGGGCUCAGGUCACCUCUGCCACCAGACAUCAAAGUGUCCCCAUGGUAGGGUGACCUCCCCUGCAUGUGUGACCCCCACUCCCGUGGGGCAGAGAGAAGCUGUGGGCACUCGGGGACCCCAAAGUGCUGGGACAGAGCAUGGGGGGGCAGGGGGGACAAGGCAGGGCCAGGCUUUGCUUGGGGAGGAAGAGGAACUGAGGAGUUUCAGUUUGGACUCACGAGAAACCUGGAGCGAUGCCAGGAAUCAGCUCAUUAGGAACCCAGAGCCACCCCAGGGAUCGGGGGAGGUCAAGGAGCAGAACCAUGAAGGCUCUGGAGGAAUCAGCAGCCCCAAGCCCCAGCACCCCGACACGUGGCAGCCCAGCACGUUGUGCCCCAGCUGAGCUGCACAGGACAGGACUGAACCCCCCCCUGCCUCCCACCGAGCUCUUCCUUGGGGAUUUUUGGCCACGUUGGACACGAGAAGAUGGGUGCAGAGCAGGGCCAGGCUGGCUUGACCCACAGACUGGAUGUGGCCCCUCGCCAUCACCUGGAUCCCUCUGCACCCUACCAGGACUGGGGGUGGGCAGGG